AGCAAUACGCUCGCGAAACUGCACGGGAAGCGGGACAUCCGCAUCACCGAUGUCCCGCUCGACCCACCAGGGCCAGGACAAGUCACUGUCCAGGUCCUCGCAACGGGCACCUGCGGCUCCGACCUGCACUACUACGUCCACGGCGCAAACGGAGCGUUCAAGUUGCAGCAUCCCAUGUGCCUCGGACACGAGUCAGCCGGGAUCGUUGUCGACGUCGGGCCCUCUGCUCCAGCAGCAGCUUCUGGAUCCGCAUUCUCUUCAACUUCGCCAGCGGCAGCAGAAGCGGCUCCGGUACUGUCGUGGAAAGUCGGCGACCGCGUCGCCAUCGAGGCCGGCCUCCCGUGCCGCGGCCAGCAGGGGCAGGCAUGCGCGCGCUGUGAAGAAGGCAGGUACAACCUGUGUCCGCGCAUGCGCUUCGCCAGCAGCUGUAAGACCACGCCGCACCUCGACGGGACUCUGCGGCGGUACAUGAACUGGCCAGCGUGGUCGCUGCAUCGCAUUCCCGAUAACGUCUCGCUUCUCUCCGCGUCCCUCAUCGAACCCCUCUCCGUCGUGCUGCAGGGCUUCCGCCGCGCGCGCUUCUCUCCCGCCGGGGCCACGCCCGCCUCUGGAGGCGUCAGCCACUAUGGGGCGCCGGAUACCUCGAUCCUGAUCGUCGGCGCCGGCGCCGUCGGCCUCCUGGCGUGUGCAGCGGCCAAGGCGAUAGGCACGCGUUUCGUCGCCGCCAUCGAUAUUGACCAGGGGCGCCUCGACGUGGCGAAGAGCAUGGGCUGGGCCGACGCGACGUUCCUGCUCCCGCUCACGCCGGCAUCAGCAUCGGCCUCUGCGCCUCCGGCUUCGGCAUCGACAUCCGAAGCGGCUCAUGGGAAGGCCAACGGACAUGCUGACGCAGCAGCGAAUGAGCGCGCGAGAAGGAAGGCGGAGGAUGAUGCGAGCGUUGCAAAAGCGCAAGCACAGGCCGACGAUCUACUCCGUCAUUUCAGCAGCAGCGGCGCCUCGGACACUGCCCUCCCCGCCGUCUCGGCAGGCUUUGACCUGGUCCUCGAGUGCACCGGCGUGCCGUCGUGCGUGCAGCUGUCGAUCCUCUCCGCACGUCCCGGUGGGCGUGUAGCGCUCAUUGGCAUGGGCCACCCGAUCCAGAGCGCGUUCCCGAUCGGAAGCGCCGCCCUGCGUGAGGUGGACAUCCUCGGCGUCUUCCGCUACGCCAGCGUCUACCCACAGGCGAUCGAGCUGCUCGCGAGCGGCGCCAUCACGCAGCGCGGCGCCGGCUCCCCAGAUGCAAGGAAGCCGAGCGUCGGCGGGAUCGAGAACCUCGUGUCGCAUCGUUACAGGCUCGAGGAUGCGCAACUGGCGUUCGAGACGAUGCGUAUGGGCAAGAGUGAGGAUGGCAAGGGCGUCGUCAAGGUCUUCAUUGUUGACGAG